AUGAAUAGUUCCGAUCAACAAGUUGAUGGAAAUUGCCUCAAUAUUGAUGCUUGGAUUUCCCAUCACAAAUUAUAUGUUGGCCAAAUAUCUUGCGAUAUUAUUUUGAAUCCAGCUGAGGUUUCAGCCCUGUCAUUGCCUCGAAUUAUAAUGACGCAGUGUACAAUCUAUCCUGAGAUUCGAUUAGAAUCUUGUCAAAUCCAUCAAUGUCAAUUUACUUGGUAUCGUAGUCGUCACCAUCAUAACCAAGGCAAAAGGCAGUGGAUUAAAGUAAGCGACCAAUACUCUUACAUGCCUACUUCCAAUGAUAUUGAUUGUUACCUGAAAGUCAGCUGUAAAUUACCUCAGCAAAAUACAAGUGAGGUCGAAGUUAUCAGCGAAAAUCCUGUAAUGACUGGCCCAUCUUGUCAUCUUCUGCAACAACGAUUUCACUAUACAGAGACAGCGACAACAAAUAAGGAAAUUAGGACCGUAUCAUAUAAUAUAUUAGGUGAAUCUUAUGUUGGAUCAAAAUAUGCAAAACGAAUAUAUCGAAAUUGUCCAGACUAUGCACUCGAUAUUAAUUACAGACAGCAAUUACUAAUGCGAGAAUUAACCAGUUAUAAUGCAGAUCUAAUCUGUUUACAGGAGGUUAGCCAUGAAACUUUUAAUAAUCGUCUUAAAUACGGACUUCAAUUCCAAGGCUUUCAAGGGUUAUGGAAAAGUCGAGUUUUUGAUAAUAAUGAUGGCUUAGCAAUUUUUUAUAAAACGUCAAAAUUUGACCUCAUCUCUCAACAUGAUCUCGACUUGAAUGCCUCUAUCCAAAAGGAUUCAUAUCAAGAAGCACUAUUAAAUUUAAUCCGACCUUAUGAUCAACUAGUGCAUGAAGUACUGAGUCGAUCUAACGUUCUGCAAGUUGCUUUAUUAAGAAGGAAGGAAUGCAAUGAUCAGUUAAUUUGUUUAGCAAAUACUCAUCUUUAUUUUCGACCUUUAGCUGAAAUUAUCCGUCUCAUUCAAAUUCAAGCUAUAACCAAUCAUUUAUCACUCAUAUCGAAAAGCAUUUCAGAUUUACCUGUAAUAUUAUGUGGCGAUUUCAAUAGUGCACCAUCUUCUGAUACCUACCAGUUUUUAACGAAUGGUUACUGCAAAAGUCAAUCUACUGCUGACGAAAGUUACUUAUUAAAGGAUGCAGCAAGUUUUGAAUUUAGCCAUAACUUAACCUUUGAUGCAUUAUCACAAACAUUACACUGCACUCAUCACACUACUAAUUUUUCUGGGACAAUCGAUUAUAUAUUUGGAAAACGUGGCUAUUUUAAUGUUAAAAAUGCUAUCCCUUUACUGGAGGUUACAAAUAUCAAUGCGAAUCAUGGACUACCGACGACUGAAUUUCCAUCGGACCAUUUGGCAGUAAUUUGUGAUAUAAGCAUGGUACAUCAUCAUCAAUAA